AUAAACGCCCCCCUUCUCCCCGCUUCCUCCGCGGAUGCUGCAGUCAAGUUGGCCGCGCAUGCGCACUCUCGGUCCUCUUUUUGCUCGGAAGCGCCCCAGACCCAUCGCACCAUGGCAGAUCCCGAUCUUGACUUCACGACUGGUGAGUCUGGCGCCUCCGCCACCUACCCCAUGCAGUGCUCCGCCCUGCGUAAGAACGGGUACGUGGUGCUGAAGGGACGCCCCUGCAAAAUCGUGGAGAUGUCCACCUCCAAGACCGGCAAGCACGGACAUGCCAAGGUUAACCUGGUUGGUAUCGAUAUCUUCACCAACAAGAAGUAUGAAGAUAUGUGCCCCUCCACCCACAACAUGGAUGUUCCCGCCAUCAAGAGGACAGACUAUCAGCUCGUUAACAUCGCUGAAAGCUACAUGUCCUUGAUGAGCGACAACGGUGACAUCAGAGAGGACCUGCGCGUCCCUGAGAGCGACAUCGGCAAGGAAAUUGAAUCGAAGUUCGAGGGGGGUGAAGAAUUCAUGGUCACCGUGAUUUCUGCCAUGGGGGAGGAAUGUGCUGUCGCUACCAAGGUCUUGGCCAGCAAAUAGGGAGAUGGACUUUGCUGCCCAGGCAACAAGCACCACCCACAACCAGUCUCCUGCAUCCUCAUUGGUUCUGUCACCAAAGCGUCGGCCUUCACAGACAACCUCAAAUCAUUCUGUUGUAAUUUCUCUCAUCAAUGAUCUUUUUGCCCCCCUCUCCUUCGCCUCCUCCCCCACCCUGGUUUCUCUUUUCCGUUGCUGUUGGGAAUGUUCCACUGCAGCUCGCUGCGUGGUCCUCUGCCUGAUGACUGAGUUUUUGUUUGGUAACAAUCUACUUUAUAUAAAAACAACUUAAAAAAAUCCCAAUCAGUUGCUCAUUCCUGCUUAUUUUUGCCUUCAUAGUGUUGGUUUCGCCACUCACAUUCCUGAAUGUUUAAAAGAAACUUUGGGGUUCAGCUUUUGUAUGAUUAUUUUUUUAUAUUCUUUAGAUUAAAAAAGCGGAUCUGGAGGGGAGGGCUGCUUCCAUCUCCAGGGUGGUUAGCGCUUAACAAGCCCACCCAGCAUGUAAAGAAAAGUUUUCCCACCCCAGUCAGGAACUUCAGCAACUCCCCCCUCGGUGUCUGUUUGUCGUCUGUAGGAGUCUGAGGGCCAAAUUCUCGAUCCAAUGUAACAUCCCCCUCCCUCCCCCAUUACAAAAAGUGUUAUUCUUUGAUUUCAGCGGCGUGAGUGUGGCGCGGUGUGGGCCUCCACAUGGAGGCGGUUUGCAGUGAGAAGUGUUUCCUUUUGUUUUCUUUUUGAGGGACUUUAUUCGGGUUUGGGAGGGUGGUUCAGUUGCAAACUUUCUGUUCACUCGAGGCCUUUUGUCACCUGACUGAAGAAGGCAAAAUAAAACAAUGAUACAAAUGGACAAAAACUGCAAAACGCUGUCUGCUUUCUGUCUCCUGGAGGGUUUUGUUUUGUGGGCAGAAAAUAAAUGCAUUGCAGUGUCGGAUCAGUUCUGUUUGUGCGAUUUAUAACUUGUGCUUUAUGCUGCAGACUGUUUCUGCAGCGGGAACCUUAGGAAAGUGUUGGCAUCAGUAUCCUAGCCUCUAUAAAACUGCUCAUGAUGCUGCAGGAAUGUGCAAAUGACUCCAUACAAUAAAUGAGAAAAUCAUUUCAA